CACUCUGAUAACGACAGGAGGAGUUUGACACGAAGUUAAAAACAGUUUCGUGUUCUGUUUUAGCUAGAAAUCAGAAGUUGAAACUUCAAAAAAUUUGUGUGUAAAAACAAUAUUGGAUUAUACUUUCUCCAGUGUGAAUCAACUUUUGAAAUCAAAUGUGUAGUUAAAUACUGCGGAAGUUAUUCGGUAAGAGUGAAAGCUAUAUUAACGUUUCAUGUUAUAAUGGAGAGUCCAAAUCAGACGGCGAGAGAGAGGAUUGGAGGAGGACCAGAAGUACGUCACCAAACACUUGAUGACGUCAUGAGCAAUUCGACUUACGACUGGAUUGAUAUUUCGUCGAAGGACAACAUGGAUGCGGGGAUAUCUCCAGCAAAACGGUCUAAAAUCGACAACGGCACUGUGAAAGACAGUGAUCUGAAGACUUACCAUGGCUACAUCGAAGAGGACCACGAUAAAAAUGCCAUCAGUCUACUUUUCUCUACCAAUGAGGAAGUUGGGGCGUUGGCUGGCUGUCUCAAAGUUUUCAAGAAACACAAGGUGAACCUGUCCCAUAUUGAGUCUCGCCCGUCCAAAAGAGGAAAGGACAGCUAUGAUUUCUUCGUCAACUGUGACUCUCACCAACAGGCAACAUUUAAGGAGAUGAUUGACGAACUGCGUGUCCGUACAACAACAUUAAAGAUCUUAACACGAGAUGGCGCCGACGAAGGACCAGGAUCAGUCCCAUGGUUUCCAAGAAAAAUCUGCGAGCUUGACCGAUUUGCAAACCAGAUACUUAGUUACGGCUCGGAGCUGGAAUCUGAUCAUCCCGGAUUUACCGACAGUGUAUACAGAGCAAGGAGGAAAGAGUUCGCCGACAUAGCUUUCCACUACAAGUAUGGACAGGCUAUCCCGCGUGUAACCUACACACCCGCGGAAAUCAAAACAUGGACAACGAUAUACGACAAGCUGACGGAACUCUUCCCUACACACGCCUGUCGGGAGUUUAACCAUAUCUUUCCACUCCUGGAGGAGAACUGUGGUUACCGACGGGACAACAUUCCCCAGCUCGAGGACAUCUCCAAAUUCCUUAAAGAUUGCUCCGGAUUCAGUGUCCGACCAGUUGCCGGUUUACUGUCAUCCCGGGAUUUCCUGGCCGGUUUGGCUUUCCGAGUGUUCCAUGCAACGCAAUACAUUCGUCAUAGCUCGAAACCUAUGUACACUCCUGAGCCAGAUGUGUGUCACGAGCUGAUCGGUCACGUGCCCCUCCUGGCAGAUCCGAUAUUUGCGCGAUUCUCACAGGAGAUCGGGCUGGCCAGUCUCGGCGCCCCAGAUGAGUACAUCCAGAAACUCGCAACGUGCUACUGGUUUACGGUGGAGUUCGGACUCUGCCGACAGGAGGGAGAGGUGAAGGCGUUCGGGGCUGGUCUUCUGUCAUCAUUUGGCGAACUUCAGUAUUGCCUGACGGAUAAGCCCGCCCUGAAGGAGUUCGAACCUUCCAAGACUGCAGAACAGAAAUACCCUAUUACCGAGUUCCAGCCCGUGUACUUCAUCGCCGGCAGCUUCGAUGAGGCCAAGGAAAAGAUGACAGCAUACGCGGACACGAUUCCCCGACCCUUCAGUGUCAGGUACAACCCCUACACACAGACAGUGGAAGUCAUUGACAACAAGAACCAGCUCCUGAGCCUGACGCGGACCAUCAAAGGUGAUUUGACUAUCCUUGAGGAUGCGCUGAAGAAAGUUGGGAAAUCAUUAACUGCCGAUUGAAAAUGGUUCCCGAUGACGUCAUUUUUAUAAAUAGACAGUAUUGAAAAGUUUCAGUUUUUAAGAGUGUGCUCUGGAAACAGUGUGACAGGACAAUUUAGUAUCAUUCCAUCCAUAAUAUUUACAAACUUUAUAUGUAUAUACACAAAGAUAAAUUGCAAAUAUAAAUGUUACCAAGUAUUCAGGUAUUUGAUAAUAAUAUUUUUUCAAAGGUAAGUCGUCUAUACAUUUGAUCAGAUCCAUGUUCGUCUGGAUUUUCUAAACAAAUUCUACUGAUUUCCUCUGUCCGCAAUACUGAGAACCGUGUUACACCUUAAUUUUAAAAUUAGAAAUGACUAUAAAUUUAUGAGUGUAAUAUAUCGGGAAUUUGAAUGUGGUUGGCACAUUGUACUUUGUGAAUUUAGGUUAAUAUAUAGUACCAUAUUGUCUCUCAAUCUUUUAGAUUAUGAACGAAAUAUCCAAUCAACUGGCAUAAUUCUUAUGUUAUUUUACAUUGAUUACAAUUUGUACACGUUAAUAGCCGAGAGAUCCAAGGGAAAGAACUCUUACUCAAAACUUAAUAUGAAAAGUAUUUCUCUAUUUGUCAGUUUCCACAUUUGACAUUGUUAUUUACGUUCCACGCUUAUUUAUUUCUCGUCGUUAAUGGGUGAUUUUUGACAUGCGCUUGUUUUUACUAGUCGUAGAUAGAGAAUUGAUGACGUGUGCUUAUUUAAGUAGUCGUAAAUAGAGGAUAUUGACGUCAUGCGCCUAUUUUUACUAUCCUUUGUUUGACGUCAUGGGCGAUUUUUAUUAGUUUGCUUGUGUUUUGUUUUUUAAACGAAUUCGUCGAGUGUAAUAAAAGUAUGCAAGAAUUAUCAAAAUAUGAUUAAUAUUAUGUUCUCGAUCUUAAAGAUAGGGCACUAAGGUAGACGGAUUGCACUGUAUAAUAGGUCUCUGUAACGAAUUAACAAAACCUUAUUACUCCAAAAUUUACGACCCGGCUGAUAGCAUACACGUGAUGGAAACCCUCUUUAAAGUUUAUCAAUUCACUUGCUUAACUUUUAUAUUAUUUAGAUAAAUAAGGCUGUCUCCAUUUUCCUUAAAGAAUAAUUGCAUUUUUGACAUGUAAAGAUGUCUUCAUUUUCUUUUAACGUUGAAUUAUAUUUUUUAGACAUGUGAAGGUAUUUAUGUAGUCCUUAUAAUAGAAUAAGAUUGUUUACUGUGAGUUGUAAGCUGUUUCUAGUCGUGUCUGUAAUAAAUGCCAUAUAAUCUCGACUGCUGUUUUAUAUCCUGGUGAGUUUAUAUUUCUGUUGGAGUGGUACACACUGUCGAUAUACAAAUGUUGGUUUAUAUUCAAUUUACUGUUCAUUCCAUUUUCCUGUUGAAAACAUAAACGUUGUCAUUGUUUUAUCACGAAACAAAUGAAAAGAUUUGAUUGCAUGAAGUUUGCGAAUUGACAGAAUUUUAAAUACCAAAUAAAUGAAUAUGAGAUUGACCAAAUCAUUUGUAUAGGUCUCAUUAUCGUAAUGUAACAGUGGUUUAUUACAUUUUACCAGUCACAUAGCAGAAAUUAUCUAUUUCGAGAAAACCAUAUCUUCACUGCAGUGAUGUUAUGUUUUCAUCAAAUUGACAAUGAAGCAUAUCCUCACUGCAGUGGCAAAAUGGUUUUUUUUUGUUUUAUCAAAAAUAUCUAAAAGCUUUAUUCCUAACAACUGGAAAGUAUUUCAAUAAUGUUUUGUUAUUACUUUUGUUUAAGUAUAAUUGUACAUAUAUGUAUUUGCAUGAAGAGUAACGUUACACGUUAUCGAAUAUAAUCUACCAUAUGUCAAAUAUUUAAGCAGAUUUUUUUAUAGAUAUUCUUUUACUAAAUACUGCUAAAGGCAUUUCAAAAUUAUUGUGGAGUUAUCGUUUUGAAAUAAAGGGUGUUAAAUAUGGUAUGUUUUCGUUA